UUUUUUUCUUCGGUUGAAUGAGAAAUCGCAUGUUUAUUUUUACCGUGUUUUCUGGUGGAAAAGUAACAUUCAGGAACGAAGUCCUGUGAUCGGUAGGUAACGCCUGUUCCUGUUUUGCUGUCUGAAAGCGGUUCUCUGGUAAAGUAGAUCCACAAUUAGCACGGAGAUGCUCCCUGUUGAAUGGUCUACAGGUUCACGCGUUACCUACCGGUUCGAGAAUUAUUCCCGCCUGCAGAAGUAAUUCGUUUACCGCGUUGUUUUCUCGAAUCGAGUUUAAUUUAAAAUGGAAGAGGUACCUGUCGACGAAAAACCUCUAUUUCUCAGUCCAAUAGCAAAGCCUAUGGCGCCGAAGAAGUUGACCAAGAAAAUAUAUAAAUGUAUAAAGAAAGCAUCAAAACAAAAAUCAUAUCUCCGGAAUGGACUUAAGGAUGUACAAAAGCACUUACGAAAAGGGGAGACGGGGCUGGUAAUAUUUGCUGCGGAUGUAUUUCCGGUAGAAGUGAUGUGCCAUUUACCUGUUAUAUGUGAGGACAAGGAUAUCCCAUAUUGUUACACACCAUCUAGGCAAGAAAUUGGGGCUGCUAUGGGAGUCAAACGGGGCAGUCUCAUAGUGCUUAUUAAAAAGCAUGAAGAUUACGAAGAAUUGUAUAAUGAAGUGAAGGAAGCUAUAAGGACGCUUGCGGUGCAGUUAUAAAUUUAUGAUUCUUAGUUUUAUUGAAAAUGAAUUUAACAUUUAACCGAAUGACCUUUUUCAUCACAUAUUUUGCAAUGUCAUUCCUGUUUAUAUCAUUACAAUAACAUACAUUGCAAGUAUACUUAUACUUUUAA